UUUGUCACUCUGGUUGUCUCAUUUUAUUUUUUCGUUUGAAGAAAAAUUGGGACGUACGUCUCUUCUCCUGCAGCUGCCCAGAUGCGCCAUGUUUCUCCAAAUUUCCUAUAAAUUUUUCUCCACGGUAAUUAUAUCUGCUACUGCUGAAUUGCUCACGUUGCUGUCUUUGCUUAGGCAAAUAAAAACAAACUCGGUUGCAAUUGUCAGGAUUUGGAAGUGCUUUGUUCUUGUCAAACUCUGUUGCAACAUGGCGAAAAAUUUAACAACAGUUAACUCAUCUGUGCUCUAUAAGUAUUGGGUUAUAAAUGUCAAAUUUAUGUUAUUGAGUUGUGCGGUCUCCUGUUGCUGUUGCACCUUUGGAUCGUGGGUUCAUGGUUAUGAGUUGGUUAAUGAAGCUAAAUGAUUUCACAGAAGGGAGCACAACAAGCUCCAACGAACUCUGCACGGCAAUAUUAACUAUUCUUAUAAAGGGGUUCUAUCCAAGAAACGUAGUCAGAUAUUUUUGGAAGUGAUAUUUUAUUGGUUCAGGUGUUGGGUCUGAGUUUGUGUAAGAUGGACAGGUCAGACACAUCGGGCUUUCUUAGCGGUGGAGGUUGCACAUUAGCUUCUACUUCAUUUACUUCCGAUGUGUCGACUUUCUAAUUGCUUGUGGUAAAGAGUGAUCUGUUACUUGUGUCUCUUAAAGCGCAAUUAUUAGAAAAUGGAUUUGAACAAGAAGAGUAUGCUAUUUUCCCAUGAUGGGCAGUUCACGAAAAAUGACCACUUUGGUGAUACUGCUCUAUGCUUGAAUAGCCCUGGCUCAGGUGGAAGCAACGCAGCCAGGUCUAGGUGUACGCAAAGCAAUUUUAGGGUUAACUGUUCUAGUGCUCCUGAUGACAGCUGCAAAUUAGUACUUGGAUUGGGCCCAACACCGAGCACAUACUGUGAUGAUUAUUACAAAUUUGGACCCGCAAAGAAUAGAGGAUUAACCACUGCAUUGUCUCAGGGAUUUGCAUCUGAGGGUGAUUCAAUCCUUCAACUUGGUCUUUCUGGUGGGACUUUUGAAGCUUCAACAGUGCUUGAUUAUUCAAUUUCGAGAGAGACUGAUGUAAAUAUUAAUUAUGGCCAGAACCAAGUAUCUUCUGGAGAUAAUCAAGUCUCAAUUGCACUUGUUGACGAAGGUUCUACUUCAGCCAGGAAAUCAGGUGGUUAUAUGCCAUCACUUCUUUUUGCUCCGAGGAGAGAUUAUGUCAAUCUUUCUCUGUACGGUAAAGAGAUUUUAGACCUCGGGGUCAAAUGCCAGCUAUCUGAGCCAAGGUGUGAACCUUCUGCUACAACAGAUUACUCAACAGAAUCAAUCUCUGAGCAGACAGCUACAGGGGAAUCUUCGGACUACCGAACUAGCAAUCCAAAAAAAUGCAAAUUUUUGGGCUGUAGAAAAGGAGCACGAGGGGCAUCAGGUCUUUGUAUUGGUCAUGGGGGCGGACAGAGAUGCCAAAAACCUGGGUGCAACAAGGGUGCUGAGAGCCGAACGGCGUACUGCAAGGCCCAUGGUGGAGGGAAGAGGUGUCAACACUUAGGGUGCACUAAAAGUGCUGAGGGGAAAACAGAUUAUUGCAUAGCUCAUGGUGGUGGCAAAAGAUGUGGCUAUCCAGGUGGAUGUACAAAGGCUGCACGAGGAAAAUCAGGGCUUUGUAUUAGACAUGGCGGAGGGAAAAGGUGUAAGGUGGAUGGCUGCACUCGUAGUGCUGAAGGACAGGCUGGUUUGUGCAUCUCACAUGGAGGUGGUCGCCGUUGCCAGUAUGAGGAAUGUACGAAGGGGGCACAAGGGAGCACCAUGUAUUGCAAGGCACAUGGUGGUGGAAGGCGUUGCAUAUUUCAAGGGUGCACCAAGGGUGCCGAAGGAAGCACACCACUGUGCAAGGGACAUGGUGGGGGGAAGCGUUGCCUCUUUGAUGGUGGUGGGAUUUGCCCUAAGAGUGUACAUGGAGGCACUAAUUUCUGUGUUGCUCAUGGUGGUGGAAAGAGGUGUUCAGUGCCAGGCUGCACAAAAAGUGCCCGUGGCCGCACUGAUUGUUGUGUUAGGCAUGGUGGAGGUAAGCGUUGUAAGUUUGAUAAUUGUGGAAAAAGUGCCCAAGGGAGCACAGACUUCUGCAAGGCCCAUGGUGGGGGAAAGCGAUGCACUUGGGGAGAGGGUCAAUGUGAAAAAUUCGCCAGGGGCAAGAGUGGUUUAUGUGCCGCUCAUAGCAGUAUGGUUCAGGACCGGGGGAUAAAUAAGGGAGGUCUCAUUGGACCAGGACUCUUCCAUGGGCUUGUAUCUGCGUCUUCAACUGCAGGGAGCAGCUUUGACAACAAUCAUUCAUCUUCAGGCAUCAGUGCCAUUUCUGACAGCAUGGAUUCGCUGGAAAAGCCCGUAAAAACACAUCUCAUACCCUCGCAGGUAUUGGUUCCUCUGUCGAUGAAGUCUUCAUCGUCCUAUUCACAUUUCUUGAGUUCUGAGAAGCCUGAGGAGGGGAGAGAUGGGUAUGGCGUUGGUGUUGGCAGUUGUAGCGGGAUAAAGAGCUUGGACUUCAAAAUCCCAGAAGGGAGGGUCCAUGGAGGACCUCUCAUGUCACUAUUUGGCGGUGAUCUGAAAAAUGCUAUCGAUGGCAUGUGAGUGGUAAUUUUGUAUCUUAAUUUCUAGAUUGAUUGGGUUUGGGAUAUUUUUUGGUGGAAUUGUGCAUAAUUUUGCCGCCUGUUCAAAGACUCGUAUAUAGUUUGUGUGUUUUACUGUAAUGCUAUGGAUAUUUGAUCUUGUUUGUGGUUAUUCUGAUGAGUGUUUAGAUCA